AUGGAGACGCAAUCCAAAUCCGCUUUAUCGUCGAUACAAGCGUCUCCAAAGAUAUCGGGCGCCACCAGUCCUAAGCCAGCGUUCAAUGAAGAUUUCACCUUUGGAGUUGAGUUUGAGUUUAUGUUACUCUCGAAGAAGGAACGUCAGGACAUAAGUAGAUUCGAGGCAUUGGGCUCGAAUGCUCUCGCGAAGGACAUUGUCCGUGACGCACUUUCCGGUGAUCUUCAAGCCCAAUGCAAGGCAUGUGGUGAUCUCGUCAAGUUCCGGCUGCCCCUGCGGCAGGGCCUUCUUCCUCCGAAGGAAUGGGAGAACGAAUACGACACUUGGGAAGUAGCAACGGAGAACUUUUGGCCAAGGAAAUACGAGUGGGUCGCCCUCGGAGGUGUUGCGAGCGACUACGCCUGGGAGGGCGUCGAGAUCAAAUCUCGCAUGCUACACCCCCUUCGUUGCCUGCAGGUGCAGACCUCGCCAAAUUCACAUGUACAUGAGAUCAGCUACGAGGACGAGAUAAGUGCUGUCCUCGUACAGCUGCAGCAUCGCUUCACCAGGUUUGACGGCCAGGAACCACAAAACGAUUAUCUUUACGCUACCGAUGAAGCGGGUCUUCAUGUGCACGUGGGCAAUCAGUUGGAGGGACUUGACAUUGGGACGACUAAGAAAGUGCUUUGCAUGAGUUUGGCUUUCGAGCGGCAGGUCGAUAGCGUCCAGGCCAUUCACCGCAUCGGCGCUACAGACAUUGGGACAAGGCCGCUGUUCUAUCCUACCAUGCCGUCUUCUGCUUAUUAUACCAAGAACGAUCCGUCUGUGUACAAUGUUGGCCUGGCGGACGGCUUCCUGUACCACUGCUACGACCGGCGACGGGAGGCAGAGAAGGGCAAUGCAGCGCAACUUUCAGCCCAUCCGCUGCCGGCAAUACAUCCCGUGCUGAAAUUGGUGACAAAGAGUGCGCCAGAUUAUCCGGCCUCACACUACGACGACCCGUCAGUCCGAAAAGCUAGCGAGGGUUUCAACAAGGAUUCCUGGUUGACGCUGGUGGCACAAGCGCCCAACAUUGAGGCCUUGCUCGGCAUGUACACCACCGCUCCCAAGAACACCAUUGUGAACAUCAAGCAGCUAAACCGAAAGAUGAAUCCAUGGAAGAUGAAAAGGACUUUGGAAUUCAGACAACAUCGUUCGACACUGCAAGCCGAAGCUGUCAUCAGCUGGCUCCGAUUUGUUGUUGCCUUGGUGGCCUACUGCGAAAGCAACAAUACGGCCGCGAUCAUGGCUUUGCUCACCAGAGACAAUCGAGUGCGGCGGAGCAGCUUCGAUUUUGCGGAGCUGUGUAAGCUUAUCGGGUGCGAUGACAACACAGUGCGGCACUACACCGAUCAGCUCUCUGGUGCAUACGCUCACGACUUGCGGCACAGAGAGAAGCUGUACGCUCAUCUGGCACAGGGCACCGCUGAGCCAUUAGCGCCGCUGGCACUGUUCACCAUCCAGAAGGAGCGCACCGACAUUACCCCAACACACGUGCAGCAACGCCUCAGAGAGAAGCUGCUUAUGGGUGGUUAUGGGCAGUACUCUCGAGACUACAUCGACGAUGCACUGGGCUCCGUAAAAGUGUCGGAGGAUGAACGUCGGAAGAUUACCUUGGGCUAUCGGGCCCCGAUCUACGCUGACCAGUAUACAAGUGCCAGGUUCACGGCGUGCGCACCGGGACCGGACGAUCCUGGAGACGUCACUGGUAUUGUUUGUAGUUUGCUUAACACAGACGUUAGCGAUUUUUGGGAGACGGCCGGCACUGGGGUCGAGCAAGAUCGCGAAAAUUCGCAAUCUGAUGAGCCACCUGCGCCUUUGGAGUCGGAGCAACACCGCCGGACAGCCUCCUCCGAUCCGCCGUGGAUGGCUGAGGUCUUGCGGCGGACAGAUGCUGCAACGAACUUGAGCAGUCUGAACUCCGACGACGGCCGAGGUAGGUAUAUCGCAAAGUCUCAAAGGCAGGACUGA